AGCCCCGCCGCGCGCCAGAUGUGCACUCACCGGGGCCCGCAGCCCGCGAGCCUCGGACGCGGGCCGCCGCCGACGCCGCCGCCUCGGGCCCUCCACGUCAGCCAGCGGGCAGGCGGGAGCUGGCGGCGGCGCAGGCGACAAGCGCAUCACGUGGGCAACGCACAUGCGCAGCCGUGCAGCCCCGCCCUCUUCCGCGGCGGCGAGCGGAGCGAUCAGGCAGUCCCCGGCGCUCGCGCGCUCCGGGACGGCAAGGGUCGUGUCUUGUAUCUCGUGUGGGCAUUUAUUCCUGAAUCUUGGCUAAACUCCUUGGGAUUAACCUAUUGGCCUCAAAAGACCCGGGCCGGGAAGAUGGCGGACAUUCAGACAGAGCGCGCCUACCAAAAGCAGCCAACCAUCUUUCAAAAUAAGAAGAGGGUCCUGCUUGGAGAAACUGGCAAGGAGAAGCUCCCGCGAUACUACAAAAAUAUCGGUCUGGGCUUCAAGACGUCCAAGGAGGCCAUUGAGGGCAUCUACAUUGACAAGAAAUGCCCCUUUACUGGUAAUGUCUCCAUCCGAGGGCGGAUUCUUUCUGGUGUGGUGACCAAGAUGAAGAUGCAGAGGACCAUUGUCAUCCGCCGAGACUACCUCCACUACAUCCGAAAGUACAACCGCUUUGAGAAGCGCCACAAGAACAUGUCUGUGCACCUGUCCCCCUGCUUCAGGGAUGUCCAGAUCGGCGACAUCAUCACAGUGGGUGAGUGCCGGCCCUUGAGCAAGACUGUGCGUUUCAACGUGCUCAAAGUCACAAAGGCUGCUGGCACCAAGAAACAGUUCCAGAAGUUCUGAGACGAGACAUCUGUCCACACCCCUGAAGAAAAUAAAGUUACUUUCCCCCCCAAAAAAAAAAAAUC